GAAUAUGUGCACGUCUUAUUAAUAAUAUCACUAUUAAUUUCCUCUGACAGAUGAUUCACACGAUUAUUUGCUUAAUGUUACUAAUGGUACGUAUAUUGAUCGCAUACACGUCUUCUAAUGCAACCUUCAUGACUGAUAUAAUACACUUUCACGAGAACUUUACAUCCCGUUUGCAAACAUUAAUCUUUCGAUUUAUCUCUGAAAUAUUAUACAUGCAAAUGUCUCUCGCUCUGCUGCUAAUUGCUUUAUAUUACUCUAAUGUAAGUAUUAGAAAUAUUGGGAAAAAAUAUUUAUAACUAUUGCUAAUUAUCUCUAAAAUUCCUCUUCUAUAUGCAAUAGAUAGCUUGAUAAGGAAAUCUUCAAAUAAAGAAUGAUUAAUAAAAGAAGUAGAUCUAUAUAAAAUCAUCUGUUUCGCUCUUAUCGCCCGGAGAUCGGAUCAGAUAAAUUUUAUAUAGUUAGAAAGUUAAAGCACAAGACAACAUUGCGAUAGAUAUAUGUAUUAUGUAAAAUAUUAGAGUACAACUUGCGUGACACAUGAAAAUGGUACACGUGUCUAUUUGUCUCAUCAUAUUUAAUACUACCAAUCAAUCACUCAUAAUCAUAGAUACUGAAGAAACAUCUAUUCCUUUCUUUCUUAUCCACAUCUCGAUGGAUAUUUAUCUAUUACUCACAUACUAAAGAUCUUGAGAGAAAGAUAUCUAUUAAUCAAUUUCAUAUAAAAAGAGAAGAUAUAUAGUCAUAUUUGACUAUGUUGAAAAAAAUCCAAAAUGCAUAAUUUCAACAACAAUAACAAAUGUAACAAUAAUCUUGGAAAACAUGGCAUAGAAUUAUUAAAUUUCCCUAUUUGUCAAAAUCAUAUAGAUGCAAGAUAUAAUUUCAUCGAUUACUACAUCAUUGAAAAGAAAUAAAUAUACGUAAAAAAAGACUUGUACUCACCUGAUUAUCAAUUAUUAUACCUGAUUUUCACAAUUAACGAAAUCAAAGUAAUGAUGUAGAUUUUGGUGAAAAAGAGCAAUUCGUUAACCUCUGUAAACUAAUAAAAUCUCUGACAAGAUAACUGCUUGGAUGUGUUAGAGGGUUAACGGCGCCCGCGCGUAUAGAACGUCGUCGUGGUUUUCUGUCAGGCCUUUUCCCCUCUUUAACGAACACCUUCAACAGUCGCGUGACACGCUGACAUGAAACGGCUCGUCACUAUAUUGCUGUCGUUCGGGUCAGAAUGACUAGACAAGUGUCAGUAUCGAUUCACCUGGCUGCUGGUUAUGCCACAUUAUACAAAGCAUUUCCGGUUAUGGGAAAUGCAUGAGAAAAUUUGCUGAUCAAGUUAUAAAAUGAAUAAAAUGUAGUGCGGAUACAUCGUUGAAGAAUGCACAACUUCCAACAGUUUUUACUUGACACAUUUAUAUUCGCGACGUUUUGCCACAGCAUCUACGGACAAAAUGUUACGACGACUGACGAACAAAGCUCUAUGGAACCAAUAAUACCUGCAGAAAUGAAAAUAACGUCAUGGAAUGACAUGCCGUUUUCGGGAUUAGUGCAAGAGAAUGGAACGUGGGUGGGAAAAGGUUACGCGUUUUACUUGCUUGAACUGCUUAGUUCCAAAUUAAAUUUCUCAUAUACUAUUAUACCGCCUAAGCAGCAGAUACUAGGCAAUGGUCGAAGUGGAAUACUAGGUUUACUCUACGAAAAGAAAGUGGACAUGGCGGUGGCUUUUUUACCUAUUUUGCCGGAAUUACGGAAGUAUUGCACAUUCAGCACAGCUUUGGACCAAAGCGAGAUGACAGUGUUGAUGAAACGACCUCAAGAAUCGGCAACCGGUUCAGGACUGCUCGCACCAUUCGACACAACUGUUUGGUUAUUGGUACUCACUGCGGUGCUUUUCGUAGGACCCGUAAUCUACAUUUUUGCCAAGUUUAGAGCGAAGUUAUGGAAAAACCCUGAUUCUGAGAAUUAUGGCUUGUUUGCUUGCGUAUGGUUUGUGUACAGUUCCUUGUUGAAACAAGGAACGAAUGUAAUUGCGACUACAGACUCGACGCGAAUUCUUUUCGCCACAUGGUGGUUAUUCAUCUUAAUACUGACGUCCUUUUAUACGGCGAAUCUUACUGCGUUCCUCACGAAACCACAGUUUACCUUGCCGAUCAACAACUUGGAGGAUAUAGUGCGCAAAGGUUACCAAUGGGUCACUUACAAAGGACGCACUAUUGAUUUCCUACUUCAUCAUCGUGUUACGGACGAUUUGAGUUUGUUAAACACUGUACAAUGGAAAGGCUACUAUAUUACAUCGUAUGAGUAUCCGGUUAAAUCCAUUUUCAACGCUGUAGAGAAGAGUAGUGGCCGCUGGUUAUAUAAUCGCGACGAUAAUCUUCAUCUUCGAAUGGACGAUAAACACUUAUAAACGACGGAAAAGGACUGGUAGAUGGUGCGUUCACACGCUCUGCUGUAGGUGGAAACGAAAAUCGAAGGAAUCUGUGACCCCGCAAUUGGUGUACACUAUGAAGAAUAAUUUGCUCGACAAACGGACCAACUUGCAAAAAAUAAGUCCGCGACCGCUGCAUCAGGAUAUUCCGAUAUACGAUCUCGUUCCAGGAAAGAAACAUAAUAUUAACGGGCGCGAUUAUUACAUCGUGAUGGAUCGCUAUGGUGAUCAAAGAUUAAUACCCAUUCGCACGCCAUCCGCGUUUCUGUUUCAAUACACGGCAUAACAGAGAGGAACGACUUAUAUAUUAUAUAACUACUAUACCAUAGGAAAUUAAUUGUAAAGUUUAUUACAGAAUUCGGAAAUUUUAAUCAUACAAGUGUCAAGCUUCAUAUGUUAAAAAUUAUACAGUCUUCUCCCGCUCAACAUCUAAUAAUUUAUUACAUUAUUCCAAAUAAUAUAUCAAAGAUAUCCCAUUUUAUCUAAACAAUCGAAAGUGCAACAUUUCACAAAAAUGGGUUUUUUAAUCUUAUUUUUGAUCAUAAAAUUUGCAUAAAGAGCAUUAGAGAAUAAAUCUGGCAUUAGAUUCUAGAAUCAAGCUCGAUUUGUAUUAUGCUUAUUGUAAUUAUGUUAUAGACACGAUUAUAAAAAGCGAUCAAUGU